AUGGAGAUAUCUAUAAAGCAUUUGAGUGUAAAAUCUAGAAUUGCUUCUAAUGUCAAGAGGGAAAUAUUUGCACAAGAUGUCAUUUAGGAUAUUAUUUAAACAAAAAUUCAUAAAAUUGUAUAUAUAAUGGAGAAUUAAAAUUUAUAAUUGAUAGCUAAUUAAAUUAUCCUGUUGAAGGUGCUUGUGAGAUAUAUGAUUAAUCUCUAAAAGUCUGCACUAGAUGCAGUAAAGAUUAUUUUUUAAUGUAAGAUUUAAAAUGUUACAAAAGAUGUUAAAAUUAAUAUACAUUUUAUUAAACUGAAGAUCAUGGAAAUGUUUGUUUUUAAUGUCCAACUGGGUGUUCUUCAUGUUCAUUUAAUAUAAAAAAAUACUUAUAUAGUAAAAAAAAUGUUAAGUGCUUUACAUGUCAUUAAGAUUAUUUUAGAUUAGAUGAUAUUUGCAUAAAAGAAUGCUACUACUAUAAAUAUAUCUUAGGUUAUUUUAAACAAUGUUAAUAAGGAUGUGCUGCUAGUAAUAUGUUUAUACUUAAUUAAGAAUGUGUUAACUAGUGUCCAAAUGGGUUUUAUUAGAAUAAAGGUAUUGAAAAAAUUUGCAUUAAUUCAUGCUAAGAUAUGUUGA